AAGAGUUUCAAACGUUGUCAGUGACGCUUAUUGUAACCAUCCAGCCAGUCUCAGGCGAAAGCAAAAUGUAAAAUGAUUUAGAAUAAAACAGUUAAGUAAAAUGAACAUCAAAUAGAGUAACCUACUGUUUGAAUCAUCGUUUUUCAAAGUAUGUUAAUAUACACAAAAUGGCGAGUAGUACAAUUACAAAGGGAAAAGUAAGUACAUAAUAUAUAUAAAUUAAUAAUAAUUUUAUUAAUUAAAUAAUAUAAUUUAUAUAUUCAUUCAAAUUUUAAUAUCUUAAUAAUAAAUAACAUGGUCAAUUAUUGUUGUGUACUGACUGUGAAUUAGUGAUGCUGUGCCUGGCCUGCCAAUAGAUCACUUGCCUAAUUUAAUUACAAAAAUAAAAUUUAUUAAACCUUAUUACUACUUAGUUAUAGUUAUACUUAGUCUUAGUCUUACUUAGUCUACUAAAAAUACACAGCUCAAUCAUUGGUGACUUAUUUGAUAAGACUUAUAAUUAUAACUUAUGUAUAUAAUAAUAAUAUAUUCAAUCACUUCACGUAAAUAUAAUAUAACUAUAUUAUUUUAUUAGCAUAUGCUAUAUGGCACUGUCUGUCAUAUGCCUAAAAAUUAUUAAUUAAUGAUAUUGAUAUACUACAAUAUUUAUAUUAUAUGAUAUACUAUAUUAUAUACAUUAAACUGAUCUUAACUAAAGUUAAAGUAAAAAAGGGGCCAUCCAUAAAUGACAUCAUCGUCUAAGAGGGAUGGGGGGGAGGUCACAUUUAUGGGCUUAAGCAAUAUGAUGUCACAUGAAAAGUGUAAAGAAUUGCACUACAUGAAAAGUGGAAAGAAUUGCACUUAAUAAAUAAACCUAAACUACAUACAUUUUUAACAUUAUUUUUUUUAUACAACAAUAAUUAUUAUUUUAUUAUUUUAUUUUUAAACAUGAUCACAAAGAGAAUCAGUACAUGUAUGAGUGGUCGAAAAAAAUGGCCUCUGAUCAAGUUACAGGCCGAGGAGCAAAUGGGUGUAGUGUGGAGAUGGGAGUCACAGAAUUAGGACUACCAUGUGAAGGGGGAUGGAACAAAAAAAGUGGUUGACCAGGAUGGGGUCAAAAUCCCCCCCCCCCCAACCGGGUAAAUGAAAAUAAUUAAAAAAUUUACUAAUUUAAUUAUCAAAGUUUUAUUUUUUUAAUUAACUUUUUUUAAACAACGGGAAAAAUAGGACUACCAUGUGAAGGGGGAUGGAACAAAAAAAGUGGUUGACCAGGAUGGGGUCAAAACCCCCCCCCCCCCCAACCGUGUAAAUGAAAAUAAUUAAAUAAUUUACUAAUUUAAUUAUCAUAGUUUUAUUUCUUUAAUUAACUUUUUGUAAACAACGGGAAAAAAUUACAAAAACAAGUAAUGCGCAAACAAAAUUCACCAGAAAAACAUUUACUGCUGUUAAAAACAGAUUUUUUUUAAAAAGCAGCAACAACUCGCAAUGUAGCAAGUAGAAUUUUCUGGUCUUCCACACCUCAGGGCUGGGGAGGAACUUUUUACCCCUGGUUAAGAACCACUGUUCUAGUAAAAUGUUUCUGACACAGGUGCAGUAAUUUGAUAUCCAUGGGAGGUGAAUUUCUUAAGGGUUGGUAAAGGGAAGUAGUAGACACAGGGAAUUGUUAUAGGGGGGCGGGGGAGGUGUGCAUAGAUUUGUGACAUUAUAUUUGGGGGAGGGGUCUAACUUUUUGUGACGAUGGGGAUAGUUUGUUAUAGGGUCAAAAAUUAAUUUUCACCCUGCUUUCUCAGUGUGAGAUAUGUGCAAAUAAUUGUACUGUACAGAUUCAAAAGAUACAUUUUUUAACCCUCUUGAGACAGAGCCUUUUUGGACUGUCUGUGCAAAGAAGACACAGCCCUUUUCAUAAGCCCUGCACUUACUUUGCAAAAGAGUAUGAAAAAUAAACUAAUAACUAAAUAUAAAACUAUAUAGUGAAUUGAAUGAACUAAUACAAUCUUUAUGAAUCAAACUGAAAUCUCAACAUUUAUGCACAUGACACAUGAGUUCCUGAUUUGCAUAAUUUAUGCAUGUGACUUUUUUAACACAGAAUAAACAUGUCUUACUUGCAGAAUUAUGUUAAAUUUUAUGUUUGUUGAAGCCUUAUUAAUUCUUAUCAAACAUUUUAAUGAUAUUCAAUGUGGAAAAACUGCAUAAAAUAUUCCCCUGGUGCCGCUUAUGCCUUUUGGCAUAAUUUUAAGGUCAAAUAUUUGUUUAAAGCAUUUAUAGGGGUCGCUAGGUACAAAAAAAAUUGAUAUAAAAUGACAGCACACUGUAAAAUAUAAAUGGUGAGAUGAGCAAGAAAUGCAAGAAAGCAAUCUGAUUAGCUGGUACGAAGACCAGCCAGCCAAUCUCGAGGCUUUUAUUAUUAGGCCCAUGGUUCGGACUUUCGUCUUUCUCGCAUUAACAAUCUUGGGCAAUGGAUCGGCCCAGACAUCUCAAGAGGGUUAAAAGAAGCUAUUUAAAUUUUGAAGCUAUAGUAUUUUCUUCAAUCAAGUGAGGUACUCAUGCUAAUAUAAAUAGAAUAUUAAAAACUGUUCAUUGGCAUCCGUCCACUUGUAUGAGACAAUGAUGUAGCUUUUUUUUUUAUUGACAUCUCUACUAAUAAACUGAUAAUCUCAGUGAGAUUACUUGUAUUAAAUUGAAAAAUAAAAUAAAUACUUGCUAAAUAAUAAUACUUUAAGAGUUUAGUGCAGUUAAGUUACAUUUUAAAUACACUAUUUAAAAACAUGCAGGUUCCAAGUUAUAUGGCUCAUGGCAGACAGAGAGCAAGAGGUAUCAUAAGGUACUGACAUUAGAAAAUUGAUGUAUUCAGAAUUACUGCUUUUAAAAGGCUUUAAACUUAAACUAACUGUGGGCUUGAACCACACAAUAGAAAUUAAAACUAAAUGUAAAAGAGUGUUGAUAAUACUUUACCCAUAUUUCUCUUUUUUUGGUAGUCCAGAUAUUUUUCUGGGAUACACAUAAUGGUAAGAUAAUAGUCUAUGUUCAUAGUUUGACCUGGUCUGCAAUCAGAGGUAUUUAUUUUACUCAAGGUUUCCUCUGGCACACAAAUAGUUGUCCUCUGCGGCCAAGUCUAUUCCAAUUGACUAUUUACUUAUAGAAAAGGGAUGACCCUAAACAAAUUUGAAACUGGUUACUCUUGUUAGAAAGGCAGAUAUUACCACUGUGCCAUGGAGACAUUAGUUUUUCCAUAUGAAUCACUCUUUAGUUUAGAGAACAUACUUAAGAAAUGCAAAGUAAAAAAAUUGAUUUAUUUUAUUUCAUCGUAUGAGGGAGGGUAAAGCAAGAAAUUUAAAAUCAGAGCUAUAAACUAUAAGAUAGGUUACAUACUGAAUGUAUCCAAUCUUUUCCCAGUGACAGAGAAAUAAGGUUUAAAUGUUUUUUUCAAAAUACCAUUCUUGAUGUACUUCGAGCUAGAGCAGGAUGGCAAGAGGCUCAAGGGUGAGUAAUUAGUUUUAAAAAAUAUUUUUUAAGACACAGAAUUUUGGGGUAAAUGAUUUAAAUUUCAUUCAUACUCAAUUCCUUCCCUGUACCAAAUAUAUAAGUAUAAGAAAAAAAGGACAUAUUCAUAUUGGAUGUAUCACCAUUUUAUAAGCUUUACUAUGUGAAUUUUGUUUUAAUAGUGAUGGUGAUUGGGAUUUCUACUGGUGUGAUAGAGAGUGGCUCCAUUCAAAUUAUGAUACAGUUUUCUUACAAGAACAUCAGAAAAUUCUUCACUUCAGAAAUCAUUAUGAGGUAGGAUAAACUUUUACUCUUUAAUUCUUUAAUAAAUCUGUCAGUGUUACAAUACAUUUUGCUUUUGUAAUUACUAUAAAAUGAGCUUUAUUCCCCAUUUUUAAUAAGCAGAUAAAUAUUUUGUGUAAGCAUUUUCAGUUUAAUUUGAGUCUCUUUGAUAGAAGAUAAGUUUGACACUAAAAUGCAUCAAUGAUUUUUUUUGUUUCAGCUGACACGUAAAAACUUGAUGGUAAAAAAUUUGAAGCGCUUCCGCAAACAAAUGGAUAAAGAAUCAAAAAAGAUAGAUGCUCAAGCGUGAGUAAAUAGACAUGCCUUUUCAAGAAGAACUUAGUUCUGUUUAUAUCAUAAAAUGACAUUUAUUGUCACAGUUAAGCAAUAACUUACUAAUCCCUUGUAUAUACCACUAAUUUGAAACUAUACAAAGUAUAUUUUAUUGACCUUGAUGUUUUGUUGAAACAUACAAAUAAAAGAUAGUUACAUUCAAACUAAUUUAAGGAAUUUUUACUUAUAUUUUAUAGGUGGGACUUUUUUCCAUCUACAUUUGAGCUUCCAGUAAGUAAAAAUUGACAUUAAAAAUUCGGCUACUCUAUUUAAGGAAAAAAAAAAAGAGCCUAUAAAUUCUAUAAAUUCGUAUACUUGGGAUUCACAGAUUAUUUUUAAUUAUUAUACGGUGCAUGUAGUUUAAGUUCAUAUUUUUUUUUUCGGUUCUAAUAUUUUAAGAUAAACAGGCAGUAAUAUUGGUGAUAAGGCUUAUAAGUAAAUAUUUUAAUUUAUUCUAAUUUUUUUUUUAAAGUCAGAGUACCACUUAUUUGUUGAAGAAUUCAAACGCUACCCGGGUGCAAUCUGGAUUAUGAAGCCUGCUGCAAAGUCACAAGGCAAAGGCAUUUUCCUCUUUCGUAAACUAAAGGAUAUCACGGAUUGGAAAAAGGUACCUUGAUUUAUUUUUAACUAACAGGACUUCCUAAACUUACAUCAUUGUAAUCUUGCAAUAUUUCCACAAUAAAUUUAGAGUAAGCUACCCAGGAAUUGGUAACAUUGGUGAGAGGGGAAUUCAAACUUUGAAUCACUUGCCUGAAAAAAACACAUCUAACAGAAAGUUUGGCCCAGUAAUGAGAGAUGCAAUGAUGUAUAUAGUCACUAGAUGAGACUGUCGAUCUAGUUUUUUAACCACCAUUAGAGUACAUUCAGGGUUUCCCAACCUUGGAUGCUAUUUUCCCAGGCAAGUGUUAGGUUCAGGGGGUGCAAGGAAAACUGAUUAUAAAUACAUAUUAAUUUGAAAUUGCACCGAUACUUUUGUGAGGGGUGCACGACUUAAUCAAACACUGCAUAUGGGUGUAGACUAUUGAAAAAGUAAGUAACCCCAUCUUUAAAAGUGCUGUUUUUAAAUACCAUGUAUUACUCUGUAUAACAAUCCACAUAAAAUCUGAGCCCCUAAAUUUUUGUUUGAAAAAAAACCCAUAAAAUACGAUCUGUUAAUCUUUUUGCAAAACAUUAUUAAGAAUACAAUACCAGAGUUAACGAAAGAAAUAUUUAUUUUAAAAUAAAAACGUCAAAUCCUUUUAUAAUUAUUAUAUUUCAAAUGAUCUGUGGUCAUACCAUUAAUAAAUAACUCUGCUGUCCUGUCAAGGGCUGUUUCUUACAUGACUUUCUUUAUGCGCAGAUUCAAUGCAUGAUUUGGUUACAAAUGCAUUAGUAUACAUCAUUUAAUGAAAAAUUGCUUACAAGCGCAUACUUUAAGUAGCAUUUUUUACCAUAAAUUUGAUGCACAUAUUUACAUGCAGUAAUAUACAAUCGUUAUAUGUUGUCACAUCCUCAACAAUUUAUUUUUAGGGUGAAUAUCAACCUUUACCAGAUCCUAAUAUUCCAAAGGAUAUUCCAGAAACUUAUGUAGUCCAAAGAUACAUUGACAACCCUUAUCUCAUUGGAGGCCGCAAGUUUGAUAUACGUAUUUAUGUUUUGGUAGUUUCAGUAAGUUAUAAAAAAUACUCAAAUAGGUAAUUAAAAUUAAUCUAUCUGUAAAAGUUCACAAUGUGUAUUAAAAAAAAUGCAUUAAACCUACCAUUGAAUUUUACAGAUUAUUAUUAUUUUUUUUUUAUUAUUGACAAUGCAUUGAAUGAUCAUACAUCAUUGAAAUUUGCUUUCUUAUUUCAGUAUAACCCUUUAAAAGUUUGGCUUUAUCGAGGUGGCUUUGCCAGGUUUUCAAACACACGUUUUUCUCUUGAUUCUAUUGAAGAUACCUGUAUCCUUGCUAACCAAAUGCGUAUUACUAUUGUCCUCUCCAUUUCAAAUCAACAAAAUUUAUCUUGGGAAUCAGAAAUUCUUUUGAUGGAAAGUGUUUAUAACUGAAUGAAAUUAUUUAAUUGAUAUUUAAUUUUUUCUUGUGGAUUUUUCCUUAAUAUAUGUUAGACAUACACCUGACAAAUGUUGCAGUGCAGAAAACAUCACCAGACUAUGACCCUGAAAAAGGCUGCAAGUGGUCAGCUCAACAAUUGCGCAAAUACUUAUUAGCCAAGCAUGGCUUAGAAAAGGUAGACACUUUUGCAGCUUUUUAUUCAUUUACAAUUACAAAAUAGUUUUGUUCAGAUUUAAAUGGACUUCUACAGAUCCAUAAACUUACUGAUUUUUUUCAACAUUAUUUCUUGUUUUUGCAGGUCAAGAAUAUGUUCUUUGCCAUUGAUAAUAUCAUCGUGAAGAGCUUACAAAGUGUCCAGAAAAUCAUCAUCAACGACAAGCAUUGCUUUGAAAUGUAUGGCUAUGAUAUACUUCUAGACAACAAUCUCAAACCGUAAGUUUUGUUUCUUUAAAUACUUUAACCACAUUGCAAGAAACACAUGUUGCAUUCCCCACAAAGCAGUGUGCGGGGUCAUUAUUAGUCUCCAUGAAAUAAUUAUUUUUAAUUUUUUUUUAACUUUGAUAACAAGACAUUUUAUUUGCCACCAGCUAGUGUUUAUAAUAUUCUACAUUUCACAGAUGGUUGAUAGAAAUAAAUGCCUCUCCAUCACUAACUGCCAGUGGCCAGGAAGAUUAUGAUCUGAAAUUUGGAUUACUCAAUGAUGUUCUAAAUGUGUUGGAUUUAGAAAACAGGUCAGUCCAGUCUUAAUACAUUUCUUACAAACACCGUCUUUCCUUACAAACUAAAUUAUUGAUAGUCAUUACUGUAGUGUGGUAAGUAAAUGUGUGCUAUCGACAUUCACAAAAUUAUUUAAAAAAAGCAUAUUUCAAUUUCCUAAGGUUGACUGGCAAAGAGAAACGAAUAGGAGGCUGGGAUCUGAUGUGGGAUGAUGGUCCAGUGUUUUUAGAGGCCAUGGCUCAGGAUACUGGUCUCCCGUCCUGUUUGACCGUCAAUUCAUUUCUGGGUGAGUUAGAAUACAAAACUGUAUGUCAACCUGAUAGUUACAGUGAAUUUUAAGUAAGAAACUCCAUUGGACAUUCAACAAAUUUAUUGGAAGUUAUAUAUUUUUAAAAGAACAAGACAAUUUUCAUGUAAUUAUGCAAUAACAAUUUAUGUUAACUAAAUUCUUAUUCAAUGUAAAUUUUUACAGGCUGUCAAAAUUCCAGGAAAGAACAGCUGAGAGAGAUGUACACACUGGCAGAGACCUAUAAAAGUAGUAUGAACACAAUUAAUGCAUCUUAA